CUUCGCUGCGCCGACCACCAUCAGCAUUCAGCUGCAUACCUUGAAGACCGAGGUCCAGCAGUUGUAGUCGACGAACGCGGAUGACAAUCCGAAGAUGUACAAAAUGCCAACUUUCCAACUGGACAAGUUCGACGACUACACACAGCAGGAUCCGGUCCUCUGGUGGGAAGCAUUCACAAYGCAACUCAGGAUUCUGCCCGUUGCCAAGCACGCGUACAUCGGCGCCCUGCUCCUGAACUCAAAGGGCGGAUGCCAGACCUGGUUGAGCCACCUGGCAACCUCUCACGGCAUCGACGUACCGGACUUGAAGGACAAAAUCACAUGGGAGGAACUGACACGGUUGUGGAAGAAGCGGACCAUCGUCGACGACGCGCCGACACUCGCCAUCAACCGUCUGUUCACCAUGUCACAGGGCAACACUGCAACACGGGAUUGGCUCACGGAGUGGCAGAAGAUUGUGGCGGUGCCCAAUCUGGAAUUGACAUUCACGCAUCUACGCCGUGAGUUCUACAACAGGUCAUGUGCGGCAUUGAGCCAGGCUCUUGGUGAUCGCGAGGAGUACUCAACCUUCGCUGAGAUCAUUGACAAGGCGAGGGAGAUCAUCAAGACCAACAGGUCAGAUGCACACGAGAAAUCAACAUGGCAGCCGACCUAUGUGGAGAAGAUACGAACUGGUCCGCGACAGCAGCACUUUGCUGCAGUCCAGUCGGACAGUGGAGAUAACCCAGCAGCCACUCCAGCAUCAAGUGACGGAGAUCAGGUGGCUGCUGUCCAGCCGCGAAGCAACAACAAGUCCCGCAACAAUGGGAAGGCGAAAUCCGCAUCGCAGCUGCUAUUGGUGCAACAGCACCAAGCACAAGACCUCCCUGUGCCAGGAUCAGGGCAAGGAGGAUGUGCGACCCCGCCUCAGCUCGGGAAAUUGAGCUCCUCAGAAGGUGAGGCGAUUCCACCUUCUACUCCGCCAGAUUCGGCCGCCUUGCUAGCGGCCUCCUGCACAUCUGGGGAGAACGCGAAUGUCGCAAGUUCUCGUUACACUUACGAGGACUAUGCUGUCCACUUGGUUCCACCGCUGGACCAACCGCUCCACGUGCAACAAUCUACCGCAUGCAUGGUUUCAUCACCAUCAGCAACCGAUUCGGCAGCUUCGCCGCCAUCUAUCGUCGGGGAUUCAUCGUUGCGGUCAAGACUUGAGGUGCUCGACCCAUUGACGUUCACGGACUUUCAGUGGAUGCCCGUUCCCCCGACCGGACGAUUGCCGAAACUGCAUUGCAAUGUGCUCAUGGCACAACUGCGAGAUUACUUGCACACUGCAGGACCAGCUCCGUUGAUGGACGCGGGAGUAGAGGUUGUCGACCUUCACACUUACAUUGCGAAGAUCGACCGCGAGUUCAAGACGCAACGGUACGAUGACAUCGACGCACCAUUGCUAUAUGUACCCAUUCAGAUCGGAGAGGCGACGUGCAACGCCUUGAUCGAUUGCGAAGCAUCUUGCGACUACAUCAGCCAGGACUUCAUGGCCAAGUACAAAGCAAACCGCGACAAGUGCGAAUUCGUGCGGCAGGAGCUGGAGUACUUGGGCCAUUAUGUGACGCCGAAAGGCAUCCGUCCACUCGCGGACAAGAUCGAGGCCCUACGAGUAUGGCCCGAGCCCACCAACACCACGGACGUUCGUUCAUUCAUGGAACUGGCGGGCUACUAUCAGCCAUUCAUCACCGGAUACUCAAGGAUUGCUGCACCUAUGACGAGGUUACAGUCGCCAAAGGUGCCAUUCGUAUUCGAUGACGACGCACGCUGGUCAUUCCAAGCACUUAAGACGUGCCAUGUCCUCAGCAUCUAUGACCCCACCUUGCCAACGAGAGUGACUACGGACGCUUCCGGCUAUGGCAUUGGGGUAGUCUUGGAACAGCACGACGGCGACGACUGGCACCCUGUGGAGUAUUUCAGCCACAAAGUGCCUCCCAUCAACUCGCUUGAUGAUGCAAGGAAGAAGGAGCUACUCGCGUUCGUCAUGGCUCUCAAGCGAUGGCGGCACUUCCUCCUUGGGCGUCGUAGGUUCACAUGGGUUACGGACAACAAUCUAUUGACCUACUACAAGACGCAAGAUACGUUGAGCAGCACGAUCGGACGAUGGAUGUACUUCAUGGACCAGUUGGCACGCCUCCUGCACACUGGAGUCCGACACAACAAUGAAACCAAGUUCGGCUCGGCAUCCUCAGAUAGACGGGCAGACGGAGCGGGCACAUCAAACUGCUCAAAUGAUGCUUCGUACGCUCAUCCGUCCGGACCAGAAGAUUGGGUUGACCGCCUCCCCGAUAUCGAGUUCGCCUACAACACUUCGGUGCACCCGACGAUCGGCGUGACUCCAUUCGAGUUGCACCACGAUGGACGGAAAGGCCGUAUCUUUGCCGACCUUCUCCUCCCUCGACCAGCUGACGCUGCCUGCUCUCCCGCUUCCGUCCGGAAGUACAGGGAAUUGCUGACUCAAGCCCGCGCAAACAUGCAAAAGGCUCAAGUCCGCAUGCAGCAGCAAGCCAACAGGCGUCGCGUACCAUGUCCCAUCCGCGCCGGUGAUCUGGUUUGGGUCUCCGCGGAAGAGUUUGCACUGGAACAGGAUGUUUCACGCAAACUGCUUCCCAAGUGGUUUGGACCUUGGUCUGUGACAGCAGCCGCGGGCGAUGAGCCCGAUGGCCCUUCAUUUGUGAUCAACGUUCCAGAGCAUCUGACGGUCCAUCCGGUCUUCCACGCCUCGAAGCUGGCAUCAUACACGCCAGCCAAGAGCGAUGACUUUCCGGGCCGACGAUCGCAGGACCCUCCCUCUAUGGAUGGUCAUCAGGAAGUUGACCGCGUCAUCUCCGAUCACAAGUACGGCAGCAAGCCGCGGCAGUACAAAGUCACAUUCAAAGCAUGCGAUCGCGACGACACUCGGUGGAUUUCAGGCGCAGAUUUGAAAGCAUCCGCAACGCUGAUCUACGCGCAUUAUGAAAAGCGGAGGUUAGCUCUGGAAGCUUCACGACCAACCCCUCCCACCCGGACUGUGGUCCCUCCCUCAGACAGACACCUUCGCCCUCGCAGGUUAACUGGGGUCAGAGGGGAGGGGAGGGGAGGGGAGGGGAUAGGUGCAGAGGGGAGGAAUAGUGUGGAUGGGAUGAGAUUGGAAGGGGCAGGGUGGUGGAUGCAAGACGGUGUUUGGCGAAUGGAACGGAAUGGGAGAGUGCAGACGGAGAAGAGGGGAGGGGAGGGCAUAUGGAUUGGAAAAAAAGAACAGGCAAUGGAGUGGAAACAGGCAGGGAGGCCUUUGGACUGUGUGAAGAAGACCCUUGCAAGCGAGGGGGUGAGAGGCCUCUUCAGAGGAGGGCUGGCAACUCUCACAAGGGAGGCAAUAGGGAACAUCUUUUUCUUUGGAACGUACGAGGCCGUCCGAUUUCGCAUGCUCCGCGCAAUAGGUGCCGAUCCUGACCGCAGACGGGUGCCCGUCCUGCCAAGUCCCAAUGGCGAGCUCCAACAUGUCUUUGGUGAGCCUGACCCUCAGAGGUUGCCAUAUGCUGAGCCAGGAAUCGUAGUAGAAACAACCAGCUGGGGGCGUCUCCUCAAGGAUAUAUUGGCGGAUGCUGGGACGGGAAUCUUGAGCGGUGGAUUAGGUGGAAUGAUGUUUUGGAUAUUCAUGUUGCCGGUUGAUGUCGCAAAGACACGGAUUCAAACAAGCACAGACCUGAGCGCAAGCACAAGCCUCAUCAAGAAUAUGAUGCUACUUUAUCGAGAGGGAGGAGUAAGGUCCUUGUAUGCAGGCUUGCUUCCAACUUUAACCAGAGCGUUUCCAGCAAAUGCUGCUGCAGUUGUUGCCUACGAACUGUCCUUGCGUGCACUCAACGCAGUCCCACCAUCCCUUCCUCCUUCAACCGCUCCGUUGAAGGAGGCCUCGAUGAGUGCAGCAGACAAUCAAGCACGGAAGAUGAAGCCAACCCUAUGAAGCAGCGGUGAUGGCGGAAUCAAAUAAUUUCGGUGUG